AUGCUUCGUGCCGCGAAAGAGUGGAUUGAUCGUGAUAUUAAGUCGAUAGGCGAAGCAAGCUCUAAACAAUUUCUUAAAGAUGCCGAAAAUGGCUACAUAAUAGGUUUAAAAGCGUUACUUCCUAUUAUGACUAAUUUAGAUCCAGUCGAUGGAGAUCAUAAUACGCCUUUCCUCUUAGCAGCUGCUUAUGGGCAUGCUAGUGCUACAGAACUUCUACUAAAUUAUACAUCCACAAGAUGCAGACCUAUCGAUGUUCAACAUCGUAAUCGCGAUGGCAAUACUGCAUUACAUUUAGCUUGUAUUGGCCGCCAUACCAGUGUGGUUAAAUUGCUACUAAAAUAUCGACAAGUGAUUGAAGAUGUUAACGCAGUUAAUAAAGAAGGCAAUACAGCUUUGCAUUGUGCGGCUAUCGUGGGUCAUAAAAGUGCUAUAGAUUUAUUAGCAAGAACUCCAGGUAUCAACUUUAAAAUAGUAAACAAGAAAUACAAGACACCUAGACACAUGGCUAAACUAAAUGGAAAUAAAACCAUUUCUGAAGAUUUACACAAGUUUGCUUCGGCAGAUGGACCAAGUUGUAAAAUUAUGUAA